ACAAGCAUUGCAUUUCUUAUACAUAAUACUUGAAUGAAUAACCAUUACAAAAUUGUUUCUGCACAAUGUUAUAGUAUUCAUCGUAUUUAGAGUAAUUUGUUGGAUAUAUUAGUCACUAUUAUCGCAAAAGGUAAAAAGUUAUUUACUGGGUAAAUAUUACAACUAGGUUAAGAAAAGAAUCCGAAAGAUUGGCUCAUUACGGGAAUGAGGGUGCUCUGAUUUCGUUGUUGAUCCCCUUUACCUAUGAGUGCUGUGAUCUUCCAAACUUGUGCAUGAGGUCAUACCUUUUCUUGCACCAAUUUAAGAGGGAUUUGUAUCAUAUGUUUGUUUCUGGUGUAACUAUCUCUUCGUAAACACUGUCCAGCUCUCGGAAUUAAAAUUGUCAGUUUCAUAUUCUCUAGAUAUCUGAAUUGUUGUAUGAUAAUAAUUGGAUCUGGUUGACCACAUGAAUGUUCUUAACGCAUUGGUAAAGAAAAUUUCAGCGUUUGAUGUUUAUGUCCAUUUGUAUUAGUUUUACCCUUCCUUUUUUCGUUUGUGAUAGAGUUCCCGGUUACUUUGUUUUCUUUUGACCUUUUUUGUAUGUCAAUAUAAAGCUAGGAAAAGUUGAAAUAAUUAUCAAAACAUCUACAAAAAAUUAAAGGAAAUAAGUGGAAAUGCUUCUGAAACCAUAACCGGCUGAUAAAACAAGCAACUGAGGACAUGGUCAGGGAUUUAACCCAGGUUGUUCCCUUGGAAAGCAAAUGUACCACAGAGCUGUGCUCACAGCCUCACAGGGACAUACUUCUGAAAUCAUUCUACAAUGAUUGCACAAUCUCAUUAAGCUAUGGGAUUGUUGUAUCCAAUAACCUCUCUCUCUCUCUCUCUCUCUCUCUCUCUCUCUCUCUCACACACACACACACACACACACACACACACAAAACAACAUGAAGAAUUCAUAAGGUUUAAAAGACUGACUCGAAGGGUAUCAGGUUCUUCCUGCGGAUGUUUGUAUCCUUGUAGCAACAAAUCAAUCUCCCCUAAUAGCUGGAGUUCAAGCUAUUGUAGUUAAACUAGGUAUAUAUCUGGAUAUGUCAACAGAUAAUUGCAAGAAUUUUUCAAAUCAAUGGUCAUUUCCUGAAUUCCAAGUUUUGGUAAAUAUUAUAUUAUAAAAUUGUUGACUCUGAGAAUGAUAUAUACAACCAGGAGAAUAACUUGCAAGAUGCGGUUCUACAUGGCACUAUGGCUUGCUCAAUUUGAUAGUUUAAAAUGACUAUUCGUUACUGUGAAUUUGUAAGUGAGAAUUGGAACGGGUUUCCCAAGAUGAAAUAUGGUAUUAUUUUUGUCAUUUGUAUACUGAUAUUACUGUAAAAAGACAAAUGUUUGUUAACAAUUUUUGUUAAGAGAUACUACUAUCAAAAUUUUGAGAUGCUCUCCAUGUAUAGUGUGUUAUUUUUUGGUCCAGAUUUUGCAAUUGCUUUUGAAAUAGAAGUUUGGACAAAUAAAUAACUUAGCUGAAGUAUAUCUCUCUGUUUUUCUGAGCUUCGGAUUUUGUCAUUGUUUCUCCAUGAUAAACAUAUGAAACAAAAGAUUGCCCUAUUCAUGCUGCAGACGGGCUCAUUUGGAAAACUGUCCAGGUGGUAUAGUUUAUUACUCUUGAAACAAAAGCCCUGAGAGCAGACUGAAAUGGAUAGAGCUGUUACACAACGUACCUCAAAUGUUAUGCUGAGAAAUCGCAGUGCUUGGUCUCAUGUGGAAUGUCUGGAAGAAUUGUUCGGGGAUAUUCUGUCAAGGCUUCUUGUUCAUUGCCUCUUAAGUUCCAAGUUUGUUUCUAGACAUUGGCGUGGACUGAUUCACAGAGCACAAUUCGCUGAAUUGCAUUUUAGCCGAUCAGCAGAAGAUGUGCUCUAUAUAGUUUAUUCUUGUACGGAUGCUGUGAAAACUUUGCAUUUGAUUGAUAGUAAUGGGGUAAUCACCGAAGUAAUAACUCUUCCUCAUUCUGAAAAUCUGUCAUCUCUUAGAAUGUUUUGUUCCUAUAAUGGGUUGACAUGUUUCACCAACUAUCCUUGGUAUAUUCACUCGAGAAGGAUUCAAUGCAAUCCUGCUACUCAUGAAACUAGGGCACUUACAAUAGGUAGCCCAUCAGAAGCGGAACUAGGCAUGGGGGUUGCCUUUGGCCAAGGAGUCAGUAAGUACAAAGUAUUUCACUUUUUCUCCUCCAACUUCGACGACGACGACAAAGAACUCAACCCUGAGUGUGAGAUAUUUUCAUCAAGCACUGGAGCCUGGAGAGGCAUAGGUCGUGUUCAGCAAAGUCCUCUUGGUGCACAUCACAUAUUUUGUAAUGGAAAAGUUUACUGGUUUAUGGCUGAAAAGGAAGACCGCGAAACCGUUGAAGUCGUUCUUUCAGUGGAUAUGGAGGGGAAUUUUAAAACCAUCGAACUUCCAGAUGAUGCAACUGACUGGUCCUACCUAAUUGAUCUUGAUGGUUGCUUAUCAUUCGAUGUUGUAAACUGCGAUGAUCGUCUGUAUAUGAAGGUAUGGAUUUUAAAGGAUGAAAAUGAGUGUUUGGGAGUUGAAGUGCUGGGAUUAUACUCCAUUCGCAGAUGAUUAUGAGUUGCUCAACUCUGUAGCUGCUAGAAAAAAUGAAUUGUUUUCAUGACUACAAUUUAUUGUUACAUUCUUAACACCGACAAGACUACCUGGAAGCGAAUUUAUUUUGCUGAGUUCGUUGAACGGGAUUUUUUUUAUUGUCUUUCCAUACAAGAAAAGCCUUCUCCCUUGUAACUGAUUCUACAUUCAUCAAGAGGGGAUGGAAAUAUAGCGAGAAGCAUGAUGCUCGCUCUGGUGGGUUUCUUUUCAGCUUGAAAACAUUUCUGGUGGGACUCUUAUUCUCCAGUUUUAAAAGUUUAUUUUACUUUGGUUAUUUUAGUUUCCCUGCUCUGUACUCGAGGAGUAACAGUUGUUUAUGUAUUUCUUUUGUUGCAUAUCCUGGAUAUGUUGAGCGUUUUAACAUUAUCCCGUAUGAACUCGUAGAGUAACAGUUGUUUAUGUAUUUCUUUUGUUGCAUA